AUGGCGUCCUGCAGCAAGCGACCUGCACCUGCUGCCGCCGACGACGAAACCUGCUGCAAGAGGCGGCGCUUCCGCAUCGGCAGCACCGCCGACUACGAGGAGACGGGCUGCCCCGGCAAGGGCGGCUUUGGCGCCGUCAUCAAGGCGCGCCACCGCGUCACCGGCGAGACCGUGGCCAUCAAGUUCCCCCUCCCUCCCGACGAGAUCGACGGGGAACCCGCCGACGUUCUGCGCGAGGCCCGCUUCCUGGAGGCAGCUUGCCACGGGAACCCUCACGUCGUCGCCUCCCAUGGCCUCCUGCGCGACACUCCCACCAGCAGCCUCUGCCUCGCCAUGGAGUUCGUCGGCGGCCCGAGCCUCCACGCUUUCCUGCUCAAGAGGCGCGGUGGCCCGCCGCUCCUGGAGUCCUUCGUGCGGUCCUUGAUGCUGCAGCUCCUGACCGGCGCCGACAAGAUGCACAAGCGCGGCAUCGUCCACCGCGACAUCAAGCCGGAGAACGUCCUCCUCGGGGACGACGGCAGGAUCGCCAAGAUCUGCGACCUCGGGCUGGCCAUGUCCUUGAAGACCGAGCCGCCGUACACCGAGGCCGGCACGCUGCCGUCCAUGGCGCCCGAGAUGCUGCUGGGGAAGCCGGACUACGACGCGCGAGUGGACACGUGGUCGCUGGGGUGCGUCAUGGCGGAGCUCAUCACCGGCGAGACUCUGUUCGGCGACGGCAGGGACGAGGACGGGCAGCUGCUGGACAUUUUCCGCGUGCUGGGGUUGCCGGACGAGAAGACGUGGCCGGGGUUCACGUCCCUGCCGCACGCCGAGAUGCCGCAGCUUCUGUUCCGACUCGAAGAAGAAGAAGAAGGGCGGCAGCACAGGACAGGGCUGGGGCAGCUGUUCACGCAAGAGAUGCUGUCCGAGGACGGGUUCCAGGUCCUGGAAGGCCUUCUUGCUUGCAACCCCGACGAGCGCCUCACGGCGGCCGCAGCGCUCGAGCUCCCAUGGUUCGCGCCUCCUGUAGUGCAGCCGAUCGAGAUCAUCCCGCCGGCGACACCGGCGAAGAAGAAGAACGUGCUGCGGAUCAAGAAGCCGGCAACCAUCCCACAGCCACGGACGGCAAUCAAGAAGAAGAAUGUGCUGCGAAUUCCCCUGGCGAUGUGGAAGAAGGGCCAGUCGGUGUAA